AAAAGGAGUAAAAUGAAAAGUUUAAUCCAAACGCCAUUGUACAGAACUGAAAAUAGAGAAGGAUUGAAAAAGUUACAGCAAUGGAAGCAUUGGUGGAGCUGGAAAAAAUCCAGACCCAAAUCCUCGAUCGGAUAACAAGCCUGGAGCACUCUCUUCUUCCUUUCAAUUCCUCUCCAAAUCUCUCUCUAGAAACUUCCAACAAGUCCUCCACCAUCGCCGAUUCUUCUCUCUCCGCCUCCGGCACCACCGCUUCCGCCACCGAAGACCGCCUUUCAAGCAUUCUCCUCGACAAUGGCGUUAGAGAGUUCAGCUUCAAGCGCGUUCCCUCUGAUUACUAUGAUUGGCCUCUCGAAGCUCGUCGUGAUGUUCUCGGUGCUGCAUCCAUUCAUCAUCUCUGCAAAAGCAUUGUUCUGGUAAAUACUCAAGCCCCAUCUAAUAUUACUGAUUGUAGUGAUCGUAACAAUUCAAAGUACUACGUUGUUGUCGUACAGUAUACUGCUCGAUUCAAUGCUGAGACUGUGAAGAAUUUUCUGUACACUCUCAACGAUGGCAAGAUAGCCAAAAAGAAAUUCAACAUGAGGCUUGCUCCUGAGGAGACAUCAGUGAAGCUAACUGGUUACGAACACAAUGGAGUUACGUGUGUUGGCAUGAAAACAGAUAUACCGGUGAUUUUGGAUGAAGCAAUUACAAAGCUCAACCCUGACUUCUUCUGGUUAGGAGGUGGUGAGAUUGAUCUUAAACUGGGGAUGAGGACAUCUGAUUUCAUCAAGUUUGUCAAACCAUUUAUUGUCAACUGUAGCGGUGCUUAAACUGGCCCCGUUCUCACAAAGUUAGUACCAGUAGGAAAUUCCUUAAAACUUUUUGCUGGUUAAAUUUGAUUUCUUAAGUUUCAUCACAUGAUUGCAGUUUCUUGAUAGAUAGGUCUCACUUGAUUUGAAUUUUAAACGUGUGUCAAUAAUCUCUGUUGGUUAACCUCUUUAAAUUUGUCAUGCAAUGGACAAUUUACCAUUUCCUGCUGGA